CACUAGAGUAUACUCUGUAAUUCUGUGGCACAUCAUAAAAAGGUGACAACGCCGGAAUGUAUUCUGUAGAUUAAUAAAAAUGCUGAUUGUUUAACAAUCUCAUCAUUCAUAUGAUCAAGAAAUGAAGCAGAUCUACAAAAGUAAUAAAAGUAUAAUUCUAUGUUAGAAUUACAAUAAAAGUAAUAUCUUUUGCCGUGAAAUUAGAGCUGUCCUACAGUAACGGUCGUGUACACAGCAGCACAAUUUAGUGAAUCUCGUGAAGGCUUACAGCUAAAUUUUCAUAGUCGUCUACGAUAUAAGAUCGUUAAUAAUUGCUUACUGUUUAACUUCGUGUGAUAAAUCUUGAGAGAAAUUAAACCUCACGACACGUGCAUACAAAAUGGCUUUGCCACCAAACUAUAAACAAGUAGCAAUGGCUACAUCAAACAUCGUAGCAUCGAAUCAACGUCUUAGAGCUUCCGGUGGAAGUAGCAAUAGCUCAGCGAACAGCAAAGAUGCUCAAAGCCCGUUUAUACAAACACCUCAUAGUCAUCCAGGCUUUACGCCGCAAAAGGUUGGCAAAAACACAAAUGCUGACGCUCGCAUGCCCAAACCACCUAAACCGCCAGAGAAACCACUUAUGCCGUACAUGAGAUAUAGUAGAAAAGUAUGGGACCAAGUGAAAGCUCAGAAUCCGGAAUUAAAACUUUGGGAAAUAGGGAAGAUUAUUGGUCAAAUGUGGAGAGAUUUGCCGGAGGAGGACAAAACGGAAUUUAUUGAGAUGUACGAAGCAGAAAAGGUGGAAUAUGAAAAAAGUUUAAAAACUUACCACAAUUCACCUGCCUAUUUGGCUUACAUUGCUGCUAAAAACAGAGGAAAAUCAGCAAUGUGUGCUGCGCAACAAAGUAAUGAUGACCGAGAAAGUCAUGAACGUUCAUCGGGUGGUACUAAAGGUCAAGCAGCGCAAGAUAGAAGAAUAGAUAUCUUACCUGCAGAAGAUGAUGAUGAUCAAGACGAUGGAUAUUCUGUGAAACAUGUUGCAUAUUCGCGGUAUACUAGAAAUCAUCGUCUUAUUAAUGAAAUAUUCAGUGACACUGUAGUCCCAGAUGUUCGCUCUGUUGUUACUACACAACGAAUGCAGGUAUUGCGACGUCAAGUACAAUCGUUAACGAUGCACCAGAAAAAGCUGGAAGCAGAAUUGCAACAAAUAGAAGAAAAGUUUGAAGCAAAAAAACGUAAAUUUAUUGAAACAAGUGAAAUAUUUCAGGAAGAAUUGAAGAAACACUGUAAACCUGCAGUAGAUGAAGAAACAUUCAAUAAAAUGGUAGAACGUCAAUAUGAAGCACUUAGACGAGAUAGAUUGAAAGGAACAGAAGAAAAUCGUUCAGACGGGCCAGCAUCUAGCGAAUCGACUCCAAAUUCCACGCCUACUCCGACCCCUGCACCAGUCAAUGAUGAAACUCCAUCUGAUGUUCCUGAAAACGAGGCAAUAGAUAAAAAGCCAAAUGGAACGGAAAAGACUACAAAUGAAAUAAAAAAGGAAACAUCUUCACCGCCAUAUACUGACAACAAACCUGAACCUCCAUCGGUUCAGGCAAAUUCAAAUCAACAUGCUCCUAGCUCUGGAAUAUAUUGUGGGACUGUUGUUAGUCCAAUACAACAACAGACACCACCACCUCCACUUCAACAACAACAACAACAACAACAACAACAGCAGCAGCAGCAGCAGCAGCAGCAACAACAACAGCAGCAGCAGCAACAACAACAGCAGCAUCCAAUACAACAACAGACACCACCACCUCCACUUCAACAACAACAACAACAACAACAACAACAGCAGCAGCAGCAGCAGCAGCAGCAACAACAGCAGCAGCAGCAGCAACAACAACAGCAGCAGCAACAACAACAACAGCAGCAGCAGCAGCAGCAACAACAACAACAACCACCACCUUCACAACCAUCGCAACAGCCUCCUUCGACUCAACAUCAACAACCUACAUCUCAGCCACACCAACAGCAUCCACAACAAUCGGCUUCGCAUCCGCAACCAUCACCUUUACAACCACCACAAUCUACUACUACGACAACAGCAGCACCAUCCAAUAUAAAUUCAAGUGCACCUGCAAAUGCAAGUGUCACUGCAAAUGCGCCUACUAUGCCUCCUGUUUCUUCACCAGCUCCACCUGUGCAGCAUACUCCUCAUCAGCAAGGAAUGUUAGCUAAUCAUUCAAUGCCACCUCAUCAAGGAACACAAGGGACUCAGGGAACACAGGUGCUUCCACCGCAAGGCCCUGUUUCUAAUCCGCAUUCCCCCCAGAUGAUUCCACCGAAUCAAGGCUAUGGUCAACAAUAUCAACCAGGACCAACUCAGCAAGCUCAAAAUGUCCCAUUAACUCCGAGACCACCUCAUCCAUCUUAUACAUACUCACAGCAGCAACCGUAUCAUCAGCCGUAUCCUCAAUAUGCACAUCCCUAUUAUCAUCAACCGUAUUCACAGUAUUCACCACACGUAAUGGGUCGUCCUCAUGCUCAUGGCCCUCAUAGUCCGCACAGUCCACAUUAUCACCCACAAUCUCCUCAUGCCGUCGGAGAAAAUAAUACUACUAAUAACAGUGUGCCUGGUUCGAACACUGCUUCUGCACCAACAUCCGAUGCUAACAAUUCAUCUUAUUCUCCGGCAUCAGGACAUUGCGAAAACGAACGUUCCGUUUCUUCAGACAACCAAGAAGGCCAAGUAGAUAUUAAAUCAGGGUCUGGUUAAUUAUAUUUCUACAAUUACAUAAUUCUAUUUAUAUAGAAUUGCUUUCGAUUUAUGUAAACUGUAGGACAUUACAUUCGAAUAAUAUUGAUGCAUUUAAACAAUUAUAAUAAAAUUGUCAUAUUCAUUCAGUUUGUACAAUAAAAACGUAAUAUUAAUCUUUUUUUUUA